GCGCAAAGCAGCGUUCAUUUUUACCACGAGUCUCUUUCAAAUAUUUCUCUCAUAUUUCUCUAAAAUUAUGCAUGGUACCGUUAUUUUCUAACUUAACGAAGAUAGCAGAUAGCAGAGUGAUCCUCAACACCUGUUUUAGUUGUUAUUAUUUAGCGCAAUGGCUGGGGUAGGGGCAGGUGAUAUGGUUGAAGAUGUUGAAAAAUUGCAGAAAAAAUCAACAGCAGUUCGAGGAACUGGAAGAGCUAAGAGGGGUGGUAUGGGAAGGGGGAAAUCUGCACAAGAUUUGAAGAAAGCCCUUGGACAGAUUGCUGACUAUUCCGAAGAAGGUGACGUUAGCAUUGAACCAGAUAAAACUACAGCAACAGAUAAUUGUGCAUUUCACGAUGCACCUGGUGCAAGUGAGAUACCAGGCACUAAAGCAACGGAUUAUAUCACCAGUGCUCCUAUAAACUCUGCUCCAUUAGUCCAAACAGACCCAAGUAUAUCUAAUGGCACAUCUACUAUAACAAACAGUGAACAGACUGUCUCAAUAACCAAAAUAUCAAUGGACACAAAUGGUCAUACAGCACCUAGUGGAAUAGAUAGUGAACUGAACACUAACAAACCUACUAGUGAAACACAAGCUACUGAUACAGACACAAUCGUUACAGCAUCUGAUACAGCUGCUGCUGUUACAGCUGUGAGUGAGGAACCCAUGGAAGAGGGAGAAGUAGUGAAAGAAGAUAAACCAGAUGUAAAAGAGGAAGAAUCCAAAGAACCAACAGAACUUGACAAGUACUGGAAAUCUGUGAAGGACAAUCCCUCAGAUUUUACUGGAUGGACUUAUCUGCUACAGUAUGUCGAACAAGAGAAUAAGGUUGAUAGUGCAAGAGAGGCAUUUGAAGCAUUCUUUGCACGAUACCCUUACUGUUAUGGCUACUGGAAGAAAUACUCGGACCUUGAGAAACGAGCGGGAAACGUGCAAGUUGCUCAAGAGGUUUAUGAAAAAGCUGUACGAGCGAUUCCUCUGAGUGCAGACCUGUGGCUACAUUAUGUAACAUUUCUGUCCACUCGGCUAGAGGAGGAAGGCAUAGAUAGUGCUGAAAUACAAGUCAGGGAGCUUUACGAGAGGGCUAUAGAAACAUGCGGAGGAGACUUCAGAUCAGACAAGCUCUGGGAGGCAUAUAUCAACUUUGAAUUGGAGAAAAAGAAUUUACAGAGAGUAACUGGCAUAUAUGAUCGUCUUCUAGCACUUCCAACGCAACUGUACAGCCAUAAUUUUGACAAUUUCAAAUCAUUUGUCAAUGCCAACGUUCCCAAGGAUAUUCUCUCGCUGGAUGAGUUCUUAGAGCUGAGAAAGCAAGUGGUCACAAUUACCCCUGAAUUGCAACCUGGUGUCCCCGCAGAUGAUGAGUUAUCCCCAGAGAAUGCUCCUGCUGUUGAUGAUGCCCCACCAGGAGAAGAAAAGCCCCCAGGCGAGGAUUCCCCACCCCCUGGUGAAGAUAAGGCUGCAAAAACUGAAGAAGUGAGUGGGGACCCUGAGACUGAAGCAUUGCGGAAGAAAAUCAUAGAGAUUAGGACUGUUGUUCACAAAACUACAGAAGAGGAAGUCAGCAAGAGGUGGCAGUUUGAGGAAGGGAUUCGCAGACCAUAUUUUCAUGUGAAACCACUAGAGAAAGCACAGUUGAAGAACUGGAAGGAUUACCUAGACUGGGAGAUUGAGAAUGGCACACACAAGCGAGUUCUCCUGCUCUUUGAACGCUGUAUGAUCUCAUGCGCUCUUUAUGAGGAAUUCUGGAUGAAGUAUGCUAAGUACAUGGAAGAGCACAGUGUAAAGGGAGUAAGAGAAGUUUAUAAAAGAGCCUGCACAAUACACCUUCCCAAGAAACCCACAAUCAACUUAGCAUGGGCAGCCUUUGAAGAGAUUCAUGGUAAUCCAACAUCAGCAUUUGAAGUGCUCCACAACUUAAAUAAGCAGAUACCACAGUAUUCAUCCAUAGCACUACGUCGUAUCGGACUAGAGCGUCGUCAAGGCAAUGUGGAAGAUGUUGAAGGGAUGUUUGAAGAAUACAUUGAUAAUUCUCAGAAUACGGAAACUGCAACAUUCUACAGAAUAAAAUACGCUCGGUUCUUGAUGAAGGUGAAGAGAGAUGUUGCUAAAGCCAGGACAGUUCUUAACACUGCAAUAGACAAUGAUAAGAAAAAUGCCAAAUUGUAUAACCAGUUGAUAGACUUGGAGUACCAGUGUAACCCUAUAGAUGAGACUCGAAUGAAUGAGGCCUUAGACAGAGCCUUGGGUGCCAACUUCUCUCAAGAUGAGAAAGUGAAGUUCUCACGGAGAAAACUAGAGUUCAAUGAGGAUUUCGGAAGUGACGUUUCCAGGUUAAUGGAGGUAUAUGAAGAACACCAGAAAGUGAUGAAGGAAUAUAAUGCAACUAAGAAGAGAAAGUCCACAUCCACAAGUGAAGAGGCAGCUCCUAAGAAGACUAAAGUUGAAGUCCCACCUCCUACUUCAUCCACUGCAGCCUCCACUUCUGGGUAUAGCAACACUGGGUAUGACCAGUCAGGAUAUUACCAGAAUACAUGGGGAAACUAUAACCAGGGUUACUAUGGUGCUGGAGGAUGGGGAGGCUACAACACUGGAUAUUACUAAACUUCUAUUUGGAGUCAUCCUACAAGUGGGGAAUGGGGAAUUGGACAAUGCAUGUAAAUCUGUUAGCUGGUUUCAAAGGACUAAAAUUGGCACAUUUGCGAAGAAGAUAUUACUGCAACUAUUGAAAAAAUGAGAAAGACUUGGCUUCUGCCACAAGAUUGUUGGGAACUGUAAGACAAUGUUUUUUAGAACUGAAACAUGUACAUAUACAACCAUAUAUGUAUAGGAGUAAACAAAAAACACUGUGUAGUUAUAUACAUGUCGUAGUUUAUAGGUGGCUGGCUACCAUUUGAAAAGAACCAUCAUUUUUUGAAAAAAAUCAUCAUUGUUGUCUUGUUUCAAAAUUACUUCAAAAUAAAGAAUAGUAUCGAAUUUUCAUCUAUGGGAUCAUUUCAUCUUUACAUUUCAGCUCAUAUUGUAACCAUAUUUUGGCUUGACCAUAACUUUGUCAAUUUUGAGAGAAGUCAAUAAUUUUGUAUCUCAAUUGAGAGCCAAUUUUUGCUGUGAAGCAAUGCACAUUUUUGAAUCAAGACCAACAGACUCCAGUUUUGGCUCAUUGUGAAUGCAUCUAUUAUUGCUUAACUAUUCUA